CACGGAAGAACCCACGAAAGAAAGGUGCUGCACAUACCCUCAUCAAAACACACCUCAAAAAAGAACGCUCUGCCGACAGACCAUGCGGUCCAUUUUGCCAACCACACACUUCGUCCUUCCGUUCUCUCGGCAGGUUGUUCUCGAAGAAGUGCCGCCGAACCAGCGUCUUGCACGUUCUCCUCCAAAACACACGGAGGGAUCGAACCGCCCGUUCCCGUCUCCCCGAGACCACGCCCCGUCCAACAGGGAACGGCAGACCAAGAGCAAACUCGGCGGCCUUGUUUCUUCUCGAACGGUGGUGCCCUGUCUCUUGUUGCUGACGCUCGCGAUCGUUGCCGGAACGAUGGAUCUGCGUCGACCGCUCGUGGCGACCCUUGCGGUCGUUGCCGAUGCCGAUGGCAACACCGAUGGCAACACCGAUGGCAGGGAGGUCCUUCUGUCCCUUGAGCACCUCUUCCACAACGGUGGUACAGUGGGUGGUACAACGGGCGGUGCCACAAGCCCCGGCGUGCCGUUCGAGUCGGGCCUGCGGUGGAACCCGAGGCCCGGGGUCCCUUGCCCCCACUGCGGCCAAACCGACGACGACGACGGUGGUGCGGUGCAGCGGUUCGGUUCCGGCUCUGCCGACCGAGACGCCGCUUCUCUCGGGGAGGGGGACCCGCCCGCGCGGACACCGACCGGGGGCCAAACGCGCCUCGCCACCGCGGCUGUUUCGGGGAGCCCCUCGUGGGGGCAACGGGUUCUCCGGCGCCUCUGGAGCAGCGGCGGCACCGCCGGGAAGGCUUCCCCCGAAUCCCGGCACCUCCGGGCGGCUCCCCCGGUCGCCACCGCCCCCGGGGACCCGCUCGGGGGGUCUCUCCUCCCCGGGGAUUCCAUCUGCGCGACCAUCGAAAGGGCCUUUCCGCGGGCCUUUCCGGAGCGCCUGAAACGCAAGUGCCGGUGGGCAGCCGCGAGAUCCAGGGGCGGAGGAACCGCCCGGCGCACCGCUUUGGGUUCGAACCACCGGGCGUCUUUCGAAACCGGCAACGGCGGGGAGAGCGGCAGCGGCGGCAAAAACGAUGUCCCGGAAGACGGAAACAAUCUCUCGGAGGAAAACGAAAACAACGAUGCUUCGGAGGACGCCAACGACGUUUCGAAAGACGGAAACGACGUCCCGGAAGACGGCGCCUCCCCGUCGGUGCCGUACUUGGGAAGCGACCGAGACGAGCACGGGUGCAUUGUUUCGGCCGGGUACACCUGGUGCGAGUCCCUGGGGGCCUGCCACCGGCCCUGGGAAAGCCCCUGCGAGGGCACCGUUGGCCCGAACGCAAAGCCCGUUGCCGCUUGAACCGACGCCGGCGGCUGGGGCUGCCACCAAGGCUACCUCUGGUGCGGGGCCUCCCGGUCGUGCUACCACCCGUGGGAGACGGUUUGCGGCGGUGGUGCCGAGCUGCCCGCCCGCUACAACCCCAUCGGUGCUCGGAAAAGGCACAAAUUUCUAUAAAUAUAUUACAUACUG